CUUUGCUUCUGCCUCUGCCUCUGCUGCUGCUGCGAACGGAAUUCAUGUUCAUCGUGCCAACCCAACAUCCAUCCCAUCGUCAUCUUCCUCUCCUCUGUCUCCUGCACAGAGACUUUCCACAUUUCUCCCCUCCCAUUCUCCAUCCCACCUCCAACGCCCUCUUGCGGGUGCCCUUACGAUUACGCUCUCAAAGCGCCCAGAUCCGUGCCGGCAUUCUGCCUCCAUCACCACCGCUAGUCUCCUACACCCACGCCUACAUCUACAUCCACACCUACACCGACCCUAUACGCCUACAUACCUGCCCAUCCCCAGUUCCACCCUGACCACUCGUUAUCUGGGGGAAUUCCAUAAUCUCAAGCAAUCAAUCGCCCGAUUCGAAGCUUCGACCCGCUGAAUAAACGCACAUUGUCCAAGUCCCGUACCCGUCCCAGUACGGCCUGCCAUAAACUAGUGCGUGCCUGCGUGCCUGCGUGCCUACGUGCCUACGUGCCUGACACCGAAGUCCUUGCUUCCCUCAGGCAAAACCUCAACCGCAAAGUCGCACCCAUUUCUGCGACGCUGCUCCGAAUGCGGUAGAACGACUCCAAAUCCUCCUCACGAACUCCAAGACACCCGCACAAUAAGAAGCCUCUCGCAAAUUUCCGCCUCGCAUUGCCAGGCUCAACUCGGUGCCCCGUCAAAAAAAAGUGCGCGGGUUCUUGCCUCUCCAACGACGUGCGCCGCUGAGGUUGCACACAUAUAUGACAAACGAGGGUUGGAUUGCGCUACGCUACCCAGCGACUUUUUUUUCGCCCUACCUUCGGUCUCUGCUACGGGGACAGUCAGCCCUUUAAACAAAAACAUAUCCCUUCCCUCCCUUCUGCUGCCUCCUCCAUGUCUGCCGUCGCCUAAAGUACUUUGUUCUCUCCGACCUUUUUUUGUAAAUGAUCUUGCCAGCAUAAUCCGUUACAUACAUCCCACAUCCAGUCCUGGUACGUCAGAUUUCUUCAGCUCCGUCUUCCGCGCCCCGUCUGCUCUGGCAGCAUCAGCCUUACCGCAUAGAUGCUGACAUUUCGAAUGCUUCCAGUCAUAUAGUUCUACAACCUGUCCAAUACCCAGUAGAAAUCUUAUUCAUUCCUUGGAACCUUCGGUCACCAUAACAAACUUUCCGCCCAUACAUCAUAUUUCACAGCACACGUCUUGCAUUCCAUCUUUUGAUAUAAAUCAACAAUUUCACAAACGCUUUCCGCAUGUCUUCUGCGACAACCAACCGACCAUCAGGCGCCAUGACCAACGCAGUACGCCCUCAGCCCGGUUCCAAAACUCCGCCUGUGUCUUGUGCUAACUUUUCCUAGGCGCGGUCAACUCGAUUUGGAGGAGAAUUUGGCACCGCCCCUGCCCGCCAUAACAGCGACGAGCGAAACACACAAUCUGGAAGUCUCGCGCCAGCAUUUGGAAAUGGUAGCUCUUGGCAAGCCUCGAGCGGAAUAUGGGGUAAAAAUGCCAUUGGUAGCGGGAUGCCAAACACAAAGAGAGAUGCUUCCCGUUCUCGCGGUGGGUCUGCAAAGGACAGAGAGCCUUCUGCCAUUACUGAUAAUCAAGUAGUAGGGGAUGAUGCCGAAUACCCAUUGCCUAGCGGAUCCGGUGCCUUGAGAGGGUCAUCUCAGGCCGACCCUUGGGGUGCUCCUGCCAGUGGACCAUGGAAUGCUCCAGAUACAACUUCACCUACUCUGCAAUCCUCCCACAGUGGGAGCGCUUCGCCAACUCACCACCGUAAUAGCCUCCCUGCCGCAUCUCAAGCAACCCUUUCGGAAAUCCAAAAUUCCUACCAACAAUCACGGAUUGGCCAGCCAGCCGCUUAUGGGAGAGGGGCUCCUAAGAGCAGCCUGGAUCCAUCCUCGGGACCUUUUACCUUUGGACGGAAGCCUUCCUUCGUAUACGCCGAUGACAAGGAGAAUUCAUCACAGUUUAGUGGGUCUGGGGUGGAAAACAACUACGAGUACGAUGGUUCCGCUAGGGGAUUCAAGGGCGAGCAAUUUGUGCCACCGAAUUUCCUGGCUGUCAACGGCAGUGCUUCGAGGGACAGCAGCAUUCCCCCAUCCAGGACAUCUGAUUCUGGGCUUAAUAAUGUUAAUAUGCCAUACGGCAAUGCUCCAUUCGGCUCCAUCGGCGCAUCUCACACGCCCACUAGUUCUAUGCAUUCACAGCGGCCAUCUUUUUCCGGACCUUCAGCUUCUUACACUUCACAAGGUAAUUCUUCGAGAUUCGCGGACUCUACUCAACUCGAUGCCGGACUAGGUGACAAAUUUGCUGGUCUCGGCUUUGUUGAAACCGAUCCCAUCAAUCCUACUCAUGGUGCUCUCAACCCAACCUAUUCCCCGAGCCAAGCGAAAUUCGUCCCACAGCCCUUUGCACACAACGGUGCAGCAGCUUUGUGGGACAUGCCAAACGGACCCAAGAGUAUUAAUGGCCAUGAUCGUUAUGGAUCGCAAUCUUUCACAGACCAAGGUUACUUCAAGCCACACCUUCAUGAAAGAGGAUCAGUCUCACCUGCGGGAAGUGAUUAUCGUCGAGGAUACAGUAGCCCGAAAUAUUACUCCUCUGGAGCAACUCCUCCAAUCGAUCAAGUGUAUCGACCAACUUCACGUGGCCCCCGGAUUCCGCAAGGGCCAAGUGAAAUGGAUCGACGGUUCCAACAAAACAUUCUUGCUCAACAGGCGGCUUACAUGUAUGGUAGUGGCCCGUUCCAAGGUCAGUAUCCUCCGCAAGCCUACGACUAUCCGCCACCCAAUUUUAGACCCGGCAAUGUCUCAUAUGGUUACCAAAUGCCGAUGCCACCAUAUACUCCUACACAAACUAUUCCAACCCGACCAAAGGAACAGGAUAUUGGCGUGGGUGUGCGAAGUGUGCUUCUGGAGGAGUUCCGAGCAAACUCCAAGUCCAACAAGAGAUAUGAGUUGAAGGAUAUUUACAAUCAUGUUGUCGAGUUUAGUGGUGACCAACAUGGUUCUCGGUUCAUCCAGCAAAAACUUGAAACUGCCAACAGUGAUGAGAAAGAGCAACUUUUCCGUGAAAUCCAGCCAAAUGCGCUCCAGUUGAUGACUGACGUUUUUGGCAACUAUGUGAUUCAGAAGUUGUUCGAGCAUGGCAAUCAAAUUCAAAAACGAGUUCUUGCGGAGACUAUGAAGAAUCAUGUGAUGGAGUUGUCAAUGCAAAUGUACGGCUGCCGAGUUGUGCAAAAGGUAGGUCAUACUCUGUCAAACCGAAAUCGUUUCACAACUAAUACUGUCUUUUAGGCACUCGAACAUGUUCUUGCGGACCAGCAAGCUGAGCUCGUCGAAGAGCUUGAAGUAGAUGUCCUCAAAUGUGUCAAAGACCAAAAUGGUAACCACGUGGUUCAAAAAGCGAUCGAGCGUGUGCCAACUGAGCACGUACAAUUCGUCAUCGAGGCUUUCAGGGGUCAGGUUCACAUUCUUGCUACUCAUCCCUAUGGUUGCCGCGUUAUUCAAAGAAUUCUGGAAUACUGCAAACCCCAUGAUCAAGCUGCCGUACUUGAAGAACUUCAUCAGUGCGCAUCGAUGCUCAUCACCGACCAGUAUGGCAACUAUGUUACUCAACAUAUCAUUCAGCACGGCAAGCCAGUAGACCGAGCAAAGAUCAUUAAAAUCAUCUCGGCACAGCUAUUGACACUCUCCAAACACAAGUUCGCAUCCAACGUCGUUGAGAAAAGUAUUCAAUUUGGUACAGCUGAACAGAGAAAAGGUCUCGUUGCUCAAUUGACAGCGUUGCAUAGUGAUGGAUCGAGUCCGCUGCAGCUCAUGAUGAAGGAUCAAUAUGGCAACUAUGUUAUUCGUGAGUCUAGUCCUUACAGUUCAUCAAAACACAACUAACUUGCUACAGAAAAACUGCUAGCACAACUCAAAGGAGCCGAGCGUGAGGCUUUCGUAGAGGAUAUGAAACCGCAACUGCUACACUUGAAAAAGUACAGUUAUGGAAAACAAAUCGCCGCUAUCGAGAAACUCAUCUUCACUGGUCCGGCGCCGUCAUACAUGACGCCUUCAUCAGUCAUUGCAUCUACUAGUCCUUCGAUGCCCAUCGAGAUUACUUCGAGUGCUCCUACCCCAAUUCUGACUAAUGGUCAGAACAGUCCGCAAAGUAGCAGUCUGCCCAGCACCAGUGUCAGCAUGAUAGAUGAUCCGUCCGAGAGUACAUCAUCGGGUAAGACGGCCGUCGAAGCACAUGAUGCCAACUGCCCAGAGGUCGUCAUCAACGGGGUUUAGAUCAUCAAACGUGUUCGCAUUUUCCUUUCAACGAUAAAAUCAUCGACAGUCGGAUAAAAACUCAUUGGUAGGCGCGAGUCAAACGGAAACAUGGAUUGGGUAUACCGGAAAAGCGAAGUUUUUGUUUUAAUUGAUCUCUCUUCUCCGUGUGCAUGCCCAUUAUUUUUUGAAGCUUCUUUUACAUCCUUAUGGGGGUUUUGGGUUGUGUAUGGUGUUUUUGUGUCUUUUUUGGAUCGAGAGGAAAACAAGGGCUGUAUGGAUGAAAACUAUGGAUAUCACGAGUAUUGUUAUGUGUCGACCAGCUUUCUACCCUUCUGUGUGGUAGGCUAGAUAUUAUUAUUCGUUUGCAUCUUUUAUAAGGGAUUGGACCACGGGAGAAAACAUUUGGUGGGAAAGAGGAGAAUUCUACCAAGGGGUUUUUGUCUUAUAUGUUUGAGUUUGGGUUUUUUAAUUCUGUCUAGUACCCUUUUUUGGCCCUUGAAUUCUCUCUUCUCUUCCCGCUUGGUAUUUUUCGGGGAAGGAGGGGGGAAGGGGGCAAUGUGGUUUGGCUUUAUCUCUUUCUCGUAGGGAUGGAGUCAUUGAGGGGAUAAAUUUUUAAUUUUUUUGGAAUACGGAUAAAGCGAGGAUGAGCGGAGCGGAGCGGGUGGGUUGGGUAUGUGAUCUGAGAUCUAGAGAUACUGAGAUA